AUGCCAAUGAAUUCUGGGGCAACAGCCCCACAAAACCCUACAUCCAGCACCUGGGCCCAACUCCUCAAAGGCUGCCAAGUACCACUAAAGCACCCACAUGGAGCUGGGACCGGCUUUUGUUGGCGGGUGAGGAGAAGCCACAUUUAUUUUAGAGGUCUGGCCAAUGUCUCACGAUGCAAAGGGUUGGAACCCUGCGACCCCAUCAAACGAGAAAGCUCCACUGUUUAUUUUGGAAUAGUCCAGAUAACUGCAACCAUGGGCCCUAUAGGAGUACUGGGUGAAGAGAACCACACAAAUGAAGUGAAAAUGGAGCUGUACACCAGGCUAUACUUGCCAGGCCUCACCACACCACUCAGUGAGCUGGCAUCUGACCCCAAACCAGAACUGAAAGACAGUACCAACCUGGUCGAGGUGCAGAUAGUCCUCAUCAUUGCCUAUUGCUUCAUCAUCCUGCUGGGUGUGAUGGGCAAUUCCCUGGUGAUCCAUGUGGUCAUUAAGUUCAAGAGCAUGCGCACCGUGACUAACUUUUUCAUUGCCAACCUGGCUGUAGCUGAUCUGCUGGUGAAUACCCUGUGCCUGCCUUUCACCUUAGUUUACACACUGUUGGGAGAAUGGAAGCUGGGCCCAGUGCUGUGCCACCUGGUGCCUUAUGCCCAGGGCCUUGCAGUGCACGUGUCUACUGUCACCUUGACUGUGAUUGCCUUGGACCGGCACCGCUGCAUUGUCUAUCACUUGGAGAGCAAAAUCUCCAAGCGAAUAAGCUUUCUGAUCAUUGGAGUGGCCUGGGCUGUCAGUGCGCUACUGGCUAGUCCCCUGGCCAUCUUCCGUGAGUACUCUCUGAUUGAGAUCAUUCCUGAUUUCAAGAUUGUGGUCUGCUCUGAGAAGUGGCCUGGUGAGGGGCAACUCAACUAUGGCACCAUCUACAGUGUGUCUAUGCUCCUGAUCCAAUACGUUUUGCCUCUGGCAAUCAUCUCCUAUGCCUACACCCGUAUUUGGACCAAACUAAAGAACCAUAUCAGCCCCGGGGCUGGGAAUGACAACUACCACCAUCGGCGGCGGAAGACCACUAAGAUGCUGGUGUGCGUGGUUGUGGUGUUUGCUGUAAGCUGGCUGCCCUUUCACACUUUCCAGCUCGUCAGUGACAUUGACAGUAAGGUGUUAGAUCUGAAGGAGUACAAGCUAAUCUACACAGUGUUUCAUGUCAUUGCCAUGUGCUCAACCUUUGUUAACCCCCUUCUUUAUGGCUGGAUGAACAACAACUACAGGACAGCCUUCCUCGCAGCCUUUCAAUGCGAGCAGCGACUGGAUUCCAUUCACCCUGAGGUAUCAGGAGCAUUCAAAGCCAAGAAGAACUUGGAAGCAAAAAAGAAUCAUUGCACGGGAACCCCUACCAAUGUCUAA